ACAUCAAAAAGUAUCUGCUCAGAACGAUCAAAGCAAACAUGUUCCUUAGAAGAUUAACCAGUUAUAUUUAAAGAAGGCAAUAAAAAAGUUGUUUCUAUGAAAUAUGAUUAAUUCUAUCAGAUCGAGAUGUAUGUUUUAGAUUUUUUUUUCUUUUUGUAUUUUCUUUCAUCCAAAUUAUUAUCCUCCGUGUCACAAUCCAAUCAUACAAUCUGCCCAAUUCAAGUUCUUCAAUACAAAAAUGUCAAUCGAAAACUUUCUGAAAACCCUAAAAACUGUGAAAAGAACUCACCUUUCAAAACCCUAUCAAGGAAUUCCCUACUCCAUUUCUAAGACCCUAAUUUCCCCUUCUUCUACAGUUCUUUCAGAUCUCAAUCCAACAAAACUACAACAAAUUCUAUCAAACCCACUUCACAAUCCAUUAAAAUGCUUAUGUUUCUUCAAUUUUAUUGUAAAAAAUCAAUCUUUAAUCUCAUUUGAACCUGAUCUUCAAGCCUAUUUGACUCUAAUCUCCAGGCUUUUAGAGGCGCGAAAGUUUUCUGAUGCAGAGAAUCUUUUAAAAUCUGUGUCAAUUGAGGAUUAUCACAGGUAUCCAUUUCCUCUUUUAGCUUCUACUAUUGAGCAUUGUUGUUGUUUGGAGCCAAAAGUUAUAGCAAAGUUAUUCAAUUUAAUGCUUAAGGUCUACUCUGAUAAUAAAAAGUUUGGUCAAGUUAUUGAGACUUUUGAUCACAUGAAGAAUAAUGGAAUUGAGAUUGAUGAGAGAACUUGUACUAUGCAUUUGCUUGCACUUAAGAGAAAAAACCAAAUAAGGUCAAGUCUUGAGUUCUUUAAUUUGAUGAUAAAAUCCGGUGUUGAGGUUUCUGUCUAUUCAUUGACCAUUGUGGUUGAUGUGUUGUGUGAGACUGGAGAGAUUAAGAGGUGUAGAGAAUUGGUGCAGAAAAUGGUGACCAGUGGAACUAAACCUAACAUUGUAACAUAUAAUGUAAUGAUAAAUGCUUGUGCUAGAAGAUGGAAUUUCAAUGAGUUAGCUUCUAUAUUGGAUUUGAUGAAAAAGGAAGGAGAGGCAUUUAAUGUUAAUACAUAUAAAAUUUUAGUUGAUGGGUACACUAGCUUUGGCAAAUUUCAAGAAGCUGAGAAAUUGAUUUUGGAGAUGCAUCAUAGAGAUAUGAAAGCAGAUACCCACAUGUAUAAUCUGAUAUUAAAUGGGUACUGUAAGCUAGGUUUAAUAGAUAGAGCAUUUUCACUAUUUGACAAGAUGACCAGUAGAGGUGUUAGCUCAAAUGUUGAUACAUUAUGGGCACUAAUAAAUGGCAUCUGCGAUGCUGGAAAGAUGGAGAUCGCAAUGGUUUAUGUAAGUAAAAUGCAGAGCAAAGGAAUUGAGCUAGAUCAGGUUAUGUUCAAUAAAUUGAUUGAUGGAUAUUGCAACAAGGGAAUGGUAGAUGAAGCUUUUGAAUUACAACUUCAGAUGGAGAUGAGAGGAUUUGAUGCUGAUACAUACAAGUGUUGCAAAAUAGUAGGUGACCUAUUGAAGCUAAAGCGAUUUGAGGAAGCGAAGCAGUUGGUAAAUAUUAUGGUUAGAAGGGGUGGAAGCCCUGAAAAGUUGACUACAAUUGAUGAUGGAAACCUGGUUUAAAGUGGCAUUAAUGCUAUUGAACAUAUGGUUGAAAAGAUGAGACCAGAGAUGAUUAGGUUAAACUCUGCUGGGCCCAUGAUGCAGAUAAAGGAACUUGGUGGAGAUGGUGACUCUUUUGUUCCAACUUUCUGGCUGUUUCAGGGAAUAGGUUCCAGGAGAAAGGAGCCUGUGUGAAGCUCAGAACAUACUGAUGAUAGUGGAAAAUAACUGUCCAUGCUCAUGUCAAGUUGUCACCUAUGGAAAAUUAUGUGCUGGAAAGUAAUAUUCUCGUUGAUGCAUCUUGAGAAAGAGAGGAAGGAUUCAAUUAUUUCAUGAGAUCUCUGUAUAUGAAUAGGUGUAGCCCAAGCUGCUGAUGCAGAAAUGAAAAGGAUUUAGGUUGUCGAGGGGAAGGAAAUUCUGAUGAAGCAUUAAAGUACGUUGAGAUUUUUGGAACUCCACUGACAGCCGCGCCAUACUCUAUAGUUUAGCUGAUAAUUCAGACGUUGUAAAUGUUGAAUCAGAACAGGCUCAUUAAAUUAUUUUGGUCAUCUUUUCAGCUCAAUUACCUGAAAGUGCUGCUAAAACUCAGCUUGUGCAUCCAAAAUAUAGAUUUAGUACAGGAAACAUGGUCAGAUGAAGAAUUUUACUGGGGGUGAUUAGACUGAAUUUUCUGGUCCAGAAGUGCAUGCUACAAAUGGAAGGUAGCAACUUCAAGUGAAAAGACAAUAAUGGCCACAAAAAAUUCCCUCUUUAAGCUUGUGACUACACUUCCAUACAUGUGUUACAUGUUUCAAAAUGAUUUCAUUCUAAAUGAGUCAUCUAUGUAUUCUUCAAGUGACAGAAAUGCAUUCUGUUGCUAGAGAUGCUUUAAGAUCGAACAAUGAUCUGUAUUCGUAAUGACUAGUCUUUUAAAGUUGCGGCAUGGUAAAAUAGCCCUGCAAUGUUGACAGGAGCAUUAGGUAUCUAUUUUUUUUCUCACCUGUU